AUGUGCAGCACAGCAGCAGGAGGCAGCAGCAGCUCAUGUGUAGCGCAGCAGCAAAAGGGUGCAGCAGCAGCUCAUGUGCAGCACAGCAGCAAAAGGGUGCAGCAGCAGCUCAUGUGCAGCACAGCAGCAAAAGGAUGCUGCAGCAGCUCAUGUGCAGCGCAGCAGCAGCAGGAGGCAGCAGCAGAGGAUGUGCAACACAGCAGCAAAAACGUGCAGCGGCAGCGGAUGUGCAGCGCAUCAGAAGCACAGCAGCAGCAGCAGCAGCAGCAGCAGCAGCAGCAGCAGCAGCAGCAGCAGCAGCAGCUGCGGCGGGCGCGGCUGGCUGCUGCAGCCCCUGGGGCAGCAGCAGGAUAG